CUCUGGACCAACAGAGGAGCUGCAGAUUCUUCCUUUUAGGGCACAUCUUCUAGCAUAAUUGUUUCAUCUGCUCCUGAUUCACUGAUGAUUUAAAUAAAUAAAUAAUCAGAAAUACAAUUUUAAGCUAAAUAUUCUUUAUAUGUUUUCUCCACCAUGAUAAAAUAGACACGAGAACGUGUUAGAAACUCCAUCAGAGUGGAUCUCUAAAGACUUGACAUAAACUUAAAGUAAAUGUAUGAAAAGAAUGAAUUAAAAUGGCUGGAUUCUGCUCUGAACAGCAGGGAGACCAGUCAGCCACUAGAGGCGACACAAGCACAGACACACAGAUCAAUACUGGAAGGGAAAGAAAGAGGGAUCAAUGGGGAAAAGCAAAAAAAAAAAAAAAAAAAGUGUGUUCAGUUCAUUUAAGCAAAAAAGAGUGAAUGGGAAUCCAUCCUGACUGAUCAUAUUAGCUGCUGACAGCAGAGUGAAAGCCCCGAGAUAGAUGGAGAGAUAGAGGAGGAGGUGGAGAGGAGCCCCACGCUGCCCAUCCUCGCGCUUCUUUCUGCAGCUGUGUGAGGCAGAGUGAGCUUUGGUCAUCACACAGAGAGAAAGAGAGAGAGGGAGAGCACAUUUGAGUCUCGUGGAAGCGGCAGGAAAACCUACCACUUGGCUGAGAAAUCGACGCACUCGCGUGGAGCCACACAGGGAGGCAGAGUGGCGCAUAGGACGUCCGCGCAACGCCGCAAAGAGAGUGACCGGAGCAGCGGGGGAGGAACCUGCCCGACACCGAUCCUCUAACCGCUCACCCGGAGCAGAUCUUCAUCGUAGCUGUCGCCAUUUGUUCUCGCGGACAUCUCAGACCGGUGCAGAAUCGCACAGAGAGGCUGGGCGCAGAGGAAAAAGCUUCCUCUCAGGUCUGAGCAAACAACAGCCGUAAAGUUGGUUCCCAGCAUGCAACUGGCUACGAUGUCAGCAACAACCUGGAUCCUGGCUGUGGCCUUGCUUCUUGCUAUGCAGGGCGCUGCUCACGCUGCUCCAUCAGGAGACAACAAGCUUGUUCGAACCAGCCGAGUGAGGAGGCAGACCCCAGGGGGGGAUCAGCCUCCCUCUGCUUCCUCAACCAACCAGACCCUGAAGGAACAACCUUUGAUCUUUAACCAUGUCUACAACAUCAAUGUACCCUUGGAGUCACUGUGUUCUGUUGACCUGGACGCCUCUGCAGCAGCAGCCCCAGAUUCCAAUGCAGAGUUAGGAUCCAGACCGUCAGCGGAGGGUCCAAUGGAUCCAAAUAGAUCUGGACCGACAGAAUUCACUGAGCAGACGCUGGAUGCUGACAGCCAGGUCACAUUUACUCAUCGCAUCAACAUCCCAAAAGCAGCAUGUGGAUGUCCAGCAACAAUGGCCAUCCAGCAGUUAGCCACGAGAGUGGAGAUGCUGGAGCGAGAAGUGUCCAUGCUCCGAGCUCAGUGUGGAUCUGGAUGUUGUGGAGAGAGUUCUGCAAUGGGGCAUCUGGACUUCGUCCCGGGCUGCAGCGGUCAUGGAAGCUUCAGCUUUGAUCUGUGCGGCUGCAUCUGUGAGGAAAGUUGGACCGGGAAGAACUGCUCUGAGCCCCGCUGCCCCAACGACUGCUCCGGUCAGGGCGUGUGCAUCGAAGGGGAGUGCGUGUGCGACCGUGACUUCGGCGGGGACAACUGCUCGGAGCCGCGCUGCCCUUCGGACUGCUCGGGCCGCGGCCUGUGCAUCGACGGGGAGUGCGUGUGCGAGGAGUCCUUCACGGGGGAGGACUGCAUGGUUGGGAGGUGUCUCAACGACUGCUCGGAUCAGGGCCUGUGCGUCAACGGGACGUGCCAAUGCCGACCCGGUUACGUGGGCGAAGACUGCUCCAUGGUCUACUGCGCCAACAAUUGCAGUAAGAAGGGAAUCUGCAAAGAGGGUUUCUGUGUGUGCCAAGAUGGCUUCGCCGGAGAUGACUGCAACUCUGUGGCUCCAGCCAUGAACCUGAACGUGCGAGGGGUAACGGAUCACACCAUCGACCUGGAGUGGGAAGGGUCGGUCAUGAUCACAGAUUUCUUAGUGACCUACACACCAAGCACACCAGGAGGUGUGCAGCUGGAAAUCAGAAUUCCUGGGAACGCCACAAGCUGCUCCAUCUCAGGGCUGGAGGCAGGCUUGGAGUACAACAUCAAUGUGUUUGCUGUCAUCAACAACACCAUCAGCAUUCCAGCCAGCAUCACUGUGUGGACCUAUCUCUCCAAUCCUGAUGGUUUGCUCUUCAAAUCCAUCACAGAGACGUCAGUGGAGGUCCAGUGGAAUCCCUUUUAUUAUUCCUUUGACGGAUGGGAAAUCAGCUUCAUCCCCAAGGAUAAUGAUGGAGGGAUGACUGCACAGUUGCCAAGCACUAUCAAUUCAUUUGUACAAACCAGUCUGAGACCUGGAGAAGAAUACACAGUUAACCUGGUGGCGCUCAGAGACCAGGGUCGAAGUCAGCCUGUUACCGCUACUUUCACAACACUGAUUGAUGGUCCUACCCAGCUGAUUGUGCGGGAUGUGUCAGAUACCGUUGCAUUUGUGGAGUGGACGCCACCAAAGGCGAAGAUAGAUCAGAUUGUGUUGCGCUAUGGUCUUUUGGGAGGAGAGGGGCCACGAACCACAUUUCGUCUCCAACCAACCCUGAGACAGUACUCUCUACAGGUUCUCCGUCCCGGCUCACGAUAUGAGGUGUCUGUGAGCGGAGUAAGGAAAGGAAACGAGAGUGGAUCUAUUUCCACCCAAUUUACAACUGCUUUAUCGUUCUUCUCAGAGAUCGAUGCCCCAAAGAACUUACGACUCGUAUCCAAGACCUCCACCACGCUUGAGCUUGAGUGGGAUAACAGUGAGGCUGAGGUGGAUGCCUACCAGGUGGUCUACAGCACUUUAGCAGGAGACCAGUAUGAUAAAGUCAUCGUACCUCGCAAUGGGGGUGCAACAACAAAAACUACCCUCACGGAUCUGCUGCCAGGCACAGAGUAUGGAAUUGGCAUUUCUGCCAUGAAAGGCAGCAACCAGAGUACACCGGCAACAAUGAAUGCCAGGACCGGUUUGGAUGAACCAAUGGAUCUGACUGUGACAGCUUCGACUGACAAGACCAUCACUCUGGUGUGGGGCACAGUCCAGGGUCCAAUCGACCUCUACAAGGUCACCUACACAUCUUCCUCUGGCGCCACUUCAGAGCUGACAGUCCCUAAAGACGUGACCAGCACCACUCUGACAGACCUGGAGCCAGGAACCGAGUACACCAUUACCGUAGCAGCAAGGAGAGGAAGACAGCAGAGCAACGCGGCUACCAUAGACGCCUUCACAGGAAUCAGGCCGGUAACCCACCUCUACUUAUCAGAGGUGACUUCGGACUCGGUGGCGGUGGCUUGGAGCGCCCCCGCACCGCCCGCUGACCUCUUCAUUUUGAGCUACAGUUCUGCUGACGGGACUGACACCUCUAAGGUGACGCUGGAUGGCUCCAAGACAAGGUCACUAGUCCAGGGCCUGCUGCCGUCCACUCAUUACACCGUCAGUCUUAUCACAAUUCAGGGCGAGGCCACCUCUGAACCAAUUACAGCGUCUCUCGUUACAGGGAUGGAUCCACCAAAAGAGCUGACGGUUCUGGAUGUGACGGAGGAUGUGGUGACCAUCAAUUGGAUCAAGCCGCUGGCUCCAUUUGAAUACUACAAGCUCUCCUACCAGUCAGCCAGAGGUCGGGUGGACAGUGUGAUGAUUGACAGCGAUGUGACAAACUACACCUUGUCCAGUCUGUUUCCUGCCACGGAGUAUGAGAUCAGCCUCAGUGCUGUCAGAGGAAGUCAGGAGAGCAAAGUUGUCAGCACAUCUGUUUUCACAGCUAUGGAUAUGCCCGCGGAGUUAACAGCUCUCAACAUCACCCCGCAAGGAGCUUUGUUACGGUGGAAACCGCCGGUGUCCAAUGUCGACAACUAUGUGCUGACAGUCACACACAACCAGGUCACAGCUGAUACUUUCUUGGUGGAAGGCAGCAAACAGGAACACCAGCUUUCUAAUCUGAAGCCAAUCACCACCUACUCUGUGGCUCUCUAUGCCACUAAAGGACCUCUAACAAGCGGCACUGUCAUCACUAACUUUCAGACACCCAUGGAUGCACCCGUGAACCUGACAGCCAGUGAAGUAAACCACCGCAGCGCUCUCAUUUCAUGGCAACCACCACUUGCAGAAAUUGACAACUACAUGCUCACCUACAGGUCAUCUGAUGGCAGCCGCAAGGAGCUGAUCCUCGAUGCAGAGGACAUGUGGAUCAGGUUGGAGGGAUUGGCUGAGACUACAGAAUACACUGUCAAGCUGCAAGCUGCAAGAGGACUUGACACCAGCGCCGUCGUUUCCACUACUUUUACUACAGGGAGUCGACUGUUUGCGACUCCUCAGAACUGUGCCCAACACCUGCUGAACGGCGAGACACUGAGUGGCGUCUACACCAUUUACAUCAACAGGGACCCCAGCCAGGGUGUGCAGGUGUACUGCGACAUGAGCACAGAUGAAGGAGGCUGGAUUGUCUUUCAGCGUCGUCAGAAUGGCCUGACUGACUUUUCCAGGAAGUGGAGUGACUACCGGGUUGGUUUUGGGAACUUGGAGGAUGAAUUCUGGCUUGGUCUUGACAACAUCCACAGGAUUGCUUCUCAAGGUCGAUAUGAGCUGAGGAUCGACAUGAAAGACGGGCAGGAGUCGGUCUACGCCAAUUAUGACAAGUUCUCAAUUGGAGAUGCAAGAAACCUCUACAAGCUCAGGAUAGGAGAGUACAACGGCACUGCUGGCGACUCUCUGAGCUACCACCAGGGCCGGCCCUUCUCCACCAAAGACCGAGACAAUGACAUCGCUGUCACUAACUGUGCCUUGUCUUAUAAAGGAGCUUGGUGGUACAAGAACUGCCACCGGGCCAACCUCAAUGGCAAAUAUGGCGAGUCCAGACACAGUCAGGGUAUCAACUGGUACCACUGGAAGGGCCACGAGUUCUCCAUCCCAUUUGUGGAGAUGAAGAUGAGGCCGUUCAACUUCCGUAGCAUCAGCAGCAAGAGGAGACGGUCCACUUCUGUAUAAACAAAAUCCCUCCCAGAGUCACGGGCAAAUAGAGUUUGGAUAAUUUUUAGCAUUUAUUUCUGUGUACCUCGCUGACAGGCAGGCUGGAAAUAGCUCCAAAGAGUGAGUAGGUAGUUCAAAAUGCUACAAAUAAAUAAAUAAAUUAAGAUCUGUGAAUUAAUUAAUUAACACACUACCAGUUUUUUUUUUCAUAUAAAAGCAGAAAUACUGACGCCAUGUCCAGUCUGUCAGUCUUGGCUCCUGCCCAGCGUCUGCUAUCUUCUCCUGCUGUACUUCUAUGUAAUCAAAUGGAAUGUUAGUUUUGCUCUUUUAAAUCUCCCGAAUGACAAUGAUUCUGUGAAAAAAAAGAAAGGCAAAUCAAUAUAGUUUGUUUCAAUCUAAAAUGUGAUUUGUCCUUCCUGGGAUGCUCUGAAAUGUGCUCAGAAAUGCUCUUCAAGCGAAAGCCAGCGCCGUUUCGCCAUUCAAAAAAGGAAUACCCUCAACUCAAACUAUUCUGUAUAUGCCCUUAAAAACCUUAACUGUAAUAUAUAUACAUAUAUAUAUAUUUUUUAUAACUGAUAUAGUGUCCGAGCCCAUGUAUUUAAUGAUUUGAUGCCUUGAUUUUUGAUUCUUGAUAAUGAGGACUUGGGUGUAAUAAAGAAAACUGGACGCCAGUUUAACUUUUUUCAUUCAAAGGCAAAACUGCAAAUCCAAAAUAGGUAUUAUGAGCGCACUACACCAGCAACAGCUUCAUAGUCACCUGUUUUAUACAUGUAAUGUAUGCCGUCCAUUAAAAUCUGUUUUGUGUUGACAUAUGGAACAAGAAUGGAAAAAGUGGUAAACUAUUGUUACUGGUAGCAACGCUGGGACAGCUUUUGCACAGAGAGCAAGAACACAACAAAACUACUGAUGUUUGUGGUCACUUGAAUUAUGUUACCUUAGUUCAUAUAGUUCUGCCCUGUUGCAGGUUCUAGAAUUGCUUGUACAGAUGGUGUCAUUUGAUGCAACAUUUAACCAAAGAUCUACAUUAUAAACACUGAGAAACUAUGGAGCUAAAUUGCCGCCAAAAAUGUUUGGCCAAAAAAAAAAAAAAAGUAACAUGUCCGAAACUUUUUGCUAUUCUAAAAUAAACGUAAUUAUUUUCAGCUUCAAAUUUUCCAUUUU